AUGGUUCUUUUCCAAUGUUAUUGGAAAACAUUUUCUAUAUUGGAUGUGCCUACAUUCAUUGCAAACAAUGUUACUUUGGAAAAAGAACAACAAGGUUUGGAUUUGGAUCAUGGAUUUCAUUCUGAUGAGGGAAGAAUCUUCAGUAGUGAGAGUUUUGAAGUUGAUAAUUAUGAAAAAGAAAUUCACAGUUUCACUCAGAUAAGAAUGCAUGAUCAUUCUGCACAAAAGGUUAGAGAAUUCCAUAACAAACACAGAAACAAUAUGCAUCUUGCACCAAAUGGAAAUGGAAUACAAAGUAUGGAAGUAAUAGAGCCUCAAAAUGUGAAACCUCAGCUACUCAUAACUUCUUUGUCCGUUUUAAAUAAUAAAUCUAUGUCAGGUUCCUCGACACAGACGAGUAAGUUGGUGUGGCCAACUUCGUUAACAGAGUUGAAUGCUCGGUUGAUUCAGAGUUUUAAUUCUUCUUCUAUGAAGCCAGAGUGGUCUUCGCGACGUGACCGUGAACUCUUAUCUGCAAAACUGGAGAUUGAAAAUUCAAAUGUCAUAUCAAAUUCUCCAGGACUUUAUGCACCUGUUUACCAGGACGUUUCCAAAUUUUCAAGGAGUUAUGAGCUGAUGGAGCGCAAGCUCAAAGUUUAUAUCUAUAGAGAAGGAGAAAAACCAAUAUUUCAUCAACCAAAGAUGAGAGGAAUUUAUGCCUCAGAGGGAUGGUUUAUGAAAUUGAUGGAGGGGAGUAAAAGGUUCAUUAUGGAGCAAUACCUUGAAAGAUAUGUGAAUUUAAUUGCGGGAAGAUAUCGUUUCUGGAACAGAACUGGAGGAGCAGACCAUUUUCUCGUUGCCUGUCAUGAUUGGGCUUCCCGAAUCACAAUGCAACCAAUGAAGAAUUGUAUUCGGUCUCUAUGCAAUGCUAAUGUUGCUAAAGGAUUCCAAAUAGGGAAGGACACUACUCUACCUGUUACAUACAUACAUUCUGUGAUGAAUCCACUAAGAAAAAUUGCUGCUAAACCUCCUUUAGAAAGGACUAUCCUAGCCUUUUUCGCAGGAGGCAUGCACGGUUAUCUCCGUCCGGUCUUACUAAAACACUGGGAGAACAAAGAACCUGACAUGAAAAUUUUUGGUCAAAUGGCACGUGACGCAGAAGGUAAAAGAAUUUAUAUGGAGUACAUGAAUAGCAGCAAAUAUUGUAUAUGUGCUAGAGGUUAUGAAGUUCACACACCAAGAAUAGUCGAGGCGAUAUUUUCCGAGUGUGUGCCGGUUAUCAUAUCAGAUAAUUAUGUGCCUCCUUUCUUUGAGGUGUUGAAAUGGGAAACAUUUUCGGUAUUUGUUCGCGAAAGCGAAGUCCCUAGUCUUCGAGACAUACUUCUCUCAAUUCCAGAAAAGAAGUAUUUGGCAUUGCAUUUGGGAGUAAAGAAGGUUCAGCAACAUUUUCUGUGGCACAAAAUUCCUGUUAAGUUUGACUUAUUUCAUAUGACUCUUCACUCUAUAUGGAACAAUAGACUUUCUCAAAUGAGAUUGAAGUAA